AUGAAUAUGUAUCAAGCAAUAAACAAUGGACUUCGACUUGCGUUGAACAAGGAUUCUGAUGCAGGUAAUGAAAUAUUUAAAAAAUUUUUGUUCCUCUAAACAUAAAGUUAUUUACAGAAUACAUUGUUAUUGUUAAUUGAUAUAAAAAGUUAUAUAAUAUUACAAAACUAUAUCAAUUUUCAAAUAUAAAGAAAUUAAUUUCCGUAUUAUUUUAUUUAAUCAUUAUUUAAUCAUUCUGUAUUUAUAUUACUUUAUUUAAUUAAAUGUAAUGUGCUAUAAACAUUGUAAUAUUAAAUAUUAUUAUAUCAAUAAUUUUUCUAUGUCUAGUGAUUUUUGGCGAAGACGUCGCAUUCGGAGGAGUAUUUCGUUGCACGAUGAACUUACAAAAAGAAUUCGGCAAUGAUCGAGUUUUUAAUACGCCACUUUGCGAACAAGGAAUCGCUGGUUUUGGCAUCGGUUUAGCCAUCUCUGGUGUGACAGCGAUCGCAGAAAUUCAAUUUGCUGAUUACAUAUUUCCCGCUUUCGACCAGUUGGUGAACGAAGCAGCAAAAAUGAGAUAUCGAAGCGGAGGAGAAUUCGAAUGUGGUAAAUUAACGGUUCGGGCACCGUGUGGCGCUGUCGGUCAUGGCGGGCUCUACCAUUCCCAAAGUCCGGAAGCUUAUUUUGCUCAUACACCAGGAUUGAAGGUAAAAAUGUGUUAAUGUUGUACGAAUGAAACACACUUUUUCUUGCUAUUUGACGUGACGCAUUAAAUUACAAUUACAGUAGAUGCAAAUUAUUUGGCAAAUUAAUGUUUCAACAAAUAAGUUAGGAUAAUAAUUUGAUAGAUUAAAACGAUAUAUUUCGUUAUUUUGUUUGACUUAACACUACGAUUAUGUUGUGUUCAGAACGAAAGAAUCCUCUCCUCCCCCCUCCAAUUUUAACCAAAUUCCUACUCAUUUAUUACAUCAAAACUCGUUUAAUAUGAUAAACGAUAUGAAUACGAAUUUGAUCAAAAUGGAAAAGGAAUCAUGGCGGACAUAUUAGUUAGUUCAUUCAGUGUGAACACAUCAUUAUAGUAUAUAUGUAUUUAUUUAUUCAUUCUGUUGUAUUUGUAGAUUUAA